AUGGAAGUGGUGAUACAAAGUCCGAGUAGUCCAACCAUGGAUAAUUUCGAUUUCGGGAGCAACGUGGGUUCGAUCUAUCAUAGUGUUCCUUCUUCGCCCAAAGGUUUUGGAAACUACUUCCUAAGCGCACCCCCAAGUCCGUCUAGGUUGUCUCAACUAUACAGUGAAUUUGAAUAUUAUUCAUCCACCGCAAACUCUUCAUUUGAAGCAGCCAACAAAAUUGAUGAUGAUGAUGAUGAUGACGACAACGAUAAAGAUGAUUAUAGUUUUGCGUUUUCCGUGAGUCGUGAAUCCGACAAGUCGUCUCGUUCGGCCGAAGAGCUCUUCGACGGUGGAAAAAUCAAACCCUUGAAUGACUCUCGUAAGUCUAGGGAUCCUCUUGCUAGUGAAGAAAGAAGAGGAAGAGAAAAAGAGAUAGUGUUGUCGUCGUCGUCGAACUCGGGUCGCAGGGUGGCACGAUCACACUCUCCUUAUAGGAAAUCUUGGGAAGCGGAAAAACAACAGCAACAACAACCACGGAGCAACAAAGACGAAUCGAGUGUCUUGUCCUCGAGUAGUUCUUCCAAGGGUUCUAAGAGGUGGUGGUUGAAGGAUCUUUUGCUUUUUCGAAGUGCUUCUGAAGGUAGAGGGUCGAGCAAGGACCCGUUGAAGAAGUACUACAAGAAGAAUGGCAACGAUGAAGUUAAAGGGUCGUCGAGUUUUAGAUCCUCGGAUUCGUCGAGAAUAAAGGGACAAGUUUCAGCGCAUGAGUUGCACUAUGCCAUGAAGAAAGCAGAGUCAGAGGAUAUGAAGAAGAGAACCUUCUUGCCUUACAGACAAGGGAUUCUGGGAAGAUUGGCAGGUUUUGGACUCUAA